AGGGUAACCACUUCCAGUAUUUGGUCUAAAAUGAGGCUUCCCAUGAAUAAGGUUGGUUGGUCUUUAAAUUUGCUUUCUCCUAAUUUACUAAUAACUCCUUCUCCAUACAUUGAGGACAUUACUGAUGACUAUUCUAAAUAUCUUAAGAAGAAAGAAGAGUUUCAAGAAGAAUUGGAGAGAUUAAAGUUCAAAGAUAAUCAAGCAGAAUUAACUACAAAACAAAAAUCAAUUCAAAUUGAAGAAAAUAUCACAAUCAU